UUUAAUCACCGUAAAUUAACCCUACGUUCUUCCCGUAUGGUAGUAGCUCCAACAAAGCAUGUUUUCACGUGACCCAGAUGAUUUCAUCCUGGCUGCCGCGAGAGUGAGUGCUCGACGCAUGCCACCCACCUGUGCGCGACCUCCUGAUUCUCUUGGUUUGAAUACAAUAAAUGCUUUAGCCCGCCCGUUACUAUUUUCCUGGCUUUUUAAAGGCCUGUGAUUUCCAUUUUUCCCCGCCUAAGGUUGCAACGAUGCUCUUCUUCAGUUUCUUCAAGACACUUACAAACCACACAGUCACAAUUGAGCUCAAGAAUGAUAUCCGUAUACGUGGUACUCUCAAAAGCGUUGACCAAUACCUCAAUAUCAAGCUGGACGACAUUGAGGUUCUUGACCUGGAUCAAUACCCGCAUCUCUCUAGCGUGAAGAAUAUUUUCGUUAGAGGCAGCGUGGUCCGAUAUAUUGUCUUGCCGCAGGCGGAGGUAGACCGGGGAUUGUUGGAGGAUGCAACAAGGAGAGAAGCUGCGAAUCAAGCAAACAAAGCUCGGUGAUUUUUAAAUACAUAUUAUGUUGCGGUGAAACGAUAUUAUGAAUGGGAAGAAAUUGGCUCUGGGAGUCCCCCGGUGUGAGAAAGGCGUGGGUGCCCAUUCCGGAUCCAUGUACGCACUGAGGAUUAAAAGUGUGCAAGAUGAUAGAUAUACUCUCAAAAGGAUAUUCAACCAGGCAGAGCUGCGCGUUUGAACCAUCGCUGACCCUACUGGGUUAAAUUUGGGCCGGGAAUUCCCUACGAAUCUCAUUUCUCUAUUUAUAUGUAGUAGCAUUGUAACCAUUUGCAAAGCACAAUAAUAAAGAUAUGAUAUCCAAAAAUAUCUGAUGCGUUUUUGAGCGUCUUUCUUUCGCAACAACUUCCAGCCGAUCUAACUCUGUAGUGUGGCACAUAGGUAGCAGUAGAAUGUAUUUUACAUGCAGAUAGAACCGCAGGUCCAGCCUGUAAAUCUCUACCUAGGUAACCCAUAGAUAUAUGUAAUGUAUGUACUCCGUACCUACCUACUUACUCUAUCGAGGCGGCAAUAAG